AUUUUUUGAUUUGACAAUAAAAAAAAUGUUUUCUUUGAUUGGAAGUGUGAAGAUGUGUGUAUUCAGCUAAGAUUUUGUAACCCUAGACACGUUAUAUGUGUUUAUAACACAAACACACACACAUAAAGGUUUCCUCGGUUCUAAUUGGAUUUUUCAAUAGCAAAGUGUCAAAACACAAAACUUCACCCACAACAUACAAGUUCAAUGAUACAUAAGUUGGCUGUCUCUCGACUGUGCUGAGCUUAACAGAAAAGAGAAAGAGAGUGUGAAUUAAUUUUCUGAGCAAGAGUCGAACGACGAAUGAAUUCAGUGAAGGUGUCAAUUGGAUUUUGGAAGUUCAGCAGUGCUGUGGUGCAAAACGUAAAUAGUCGCAAUUACAACACAUAUCGGCAGCUCAGCAAUCGAUUAAGUCAUAGCAGAAGAGUGAUUGAAGCCGUUACCUCAUCCGUCAUAUAUAUUGAACCGAUUUACCUCAAACAUAGCCAGUGUGUCCGUCGAUCGUUCAGCACAUACAAAAUGGAAACGAAACAAUCACUUAGACAACGUCUAACUCCGAUCCAAUAUCAGGUGACACAGGAAUCGGCCACGGAGCGUCCAUUCACCGGCAAAUACAAUAAAUGCUACGACAAAGGCGUCUAUCAGUGCAUCGUGUGUCACGAAGAUCUAUUCACUUCCGAUACAAAAUACGAUUCGGGCUGCGGCUGGCCAGCGUUCAACGAUGUUCUGGAACAAGGAAAAGUCACAUUACACAAAGAUAGCAGCAUUUCAGGCACCAAUUUAUUAUUACUUCUUAAAAACCCAGACCGCAUACGAACUGAAGUGAAAUGUGCCAAAUGUGGUGCACACAUGGGCCACGUUUUUGAUGAUGGACCCAAGCCAACGAAGAAACGCUACUGCAUCAACUCGGCGGCCAUCGAUUUCAUUUCGGCUGAAGAACGGAACAAAAACCAACAAAACAGUUGAGGAAGCGUUGAUCGCAACGGAAUUGUAUAGCAUUCAACUGAUUCAAUACGAAGAGAUAAAUGUGGUUUUUUUUUACAAAUGGCUUUCUCAUGAUGACCGAUCGGGUGUUUUUUUUUUAAAUUUUAAUUGUAUAAAAUGAGUGUAUUUAUGAUAACAAAAAUGAUGCAUGAAAUUACAAGCCCAUCCAGGCCUACUUGAAUUGAUAAUGUCCAAAUAAAAAUAAUUUCAUUUUGCCUAACAUAAAA